AUGAGGGAGAGAGAGGCUGUGAGAGGUGAGUACUCUAGGGGAGGGAAUACGUUAGGAAUACAGUCAACAGCAAAGGAUACCAGAAUUUGGAAUAGGGAUACAUAUCAUCGCUUGAAAAAUUCUUCGUUCUCUGUAUUCGUGGACAACCUACCGGAUGAUAUUUCUAGGAGAGAAUUACAUCACUUGUUUUGUUGGACAGGAAGAAUUAACGACAUAUAUCUUGCCCGGAAACGAAAGAGUGGAUCGAUUUACCUGUUUGCUUUUGUUCGUUACACGACAAAAGGGGGCGCCCUCAAGGCGAUUGCAGAAAUGAACCACUGGAGAUUACGGGGGAAGGUAAUUACUGUUGGAGAAGCGAAGUAUAGAAGACAAUCCGACUCACUUCCAGCCCUAGCCAUUGUUGUUCAAACCAAAAUCAUAACGCGUAAAAACGUUCAAGAAAAUAGGAGAGCAGUGGGGCAAUGUGCUUCAGUGUGA